AUGAAUUGGAAAUAUAGGACUAUACCAAAAUUCACUAAAAUAUUUAUGUACCAAUCUUCUUUAUUUUUAACUAUUAUAUCUCUCAUUCUAAUAUUAUUCCAUGGUUUCCCAUCAAUUGUAACUGAAUUUAAUAAACAUUAUUAUUACGUAAAUUUUAAAACAAAUUAUAUAAGCAAAGAUAUUCGUCUAAUACGCUAUUUGGAAACUCUAGAUGAGAGAAGUCAGAACAGUUCUAUAUAUUUUGAGCAAAAUUUAAUAAAUAGUAGAGUUUUAAAUACCAGAUCAUCUAAUAUAAUAUCAUGUCACUUAUUCCUAUUAGACAGUCAAAUUUCACAAGUGAAGAUGAAUUGUGUUUCUGGAAAUAAUUUGUGUGGCUGUACUGUUGAAGUUUUAGAUAGCUCAUAUGGCUUAGAAAUAGCAAAUAUUAGCUUGAUUCCAGAUUUAGAUAGAAUUUCGGUUUUAAAUAUUAUCAAGUUUAGGAGACUAUAUUAUGGAUUAAAUAUAUUAAUAAAAUAUAUUCAAAAUAAUUUUAAGAAUAAAAUAUCUGAAUUUUCUCAAGAUUCUUUUGAUAAUAUAAGAAAUAUAGGAUUGGUCUAUGAUGGUAUAGUAUUAACAUCAUUGUACGAAGAAUUAAGUAGAUAUAUUGAACAGAUUAUGAAUUUAGAAAACAAAGUUCAAUAUAGUAAUACCAACAACUCAAGGGUAUAUAAAACUAGUUUUAUAUUAUCACAUACAUAUACUAAUAAUAUAUUAAGGCGUAAUUUAAGUAUGGCCCCAAUUGAUGUAAAAGUUAUAAAUGUACUUAUAACAAAUAAUGACUCAGUAAAUUUUAUAUUAAAGAUUUUAAGGGAAUUUUCAAAAGUAAUUGGUAUAAGAAUUAAACAGUUUACUAGUAAAAUAGAUAUAUUGAAUAAUUCAAUAUUUUCCAAUGAUGUAAGUUUGGAUAUUGAGAAUCAAGAAGAUAAUUUUAGUUUUCAACUGAAUAAUAAUUUAAAUGAUAAAAACUUUUCAUCUGUUUAUAGCUUGUUUAGUAAAGAUAGUUCAGCUAAUACAGAACUAUGGUGGACUAUUUUGUCAUAUGACUAUUUAGAUAUCCUUUAUUGGAAUAAAGUUUAUCUUUUAAAUCUUGAUGAUAUAAUGAGAAAUAAUACUUAUAAUGAAGUACUGGUAAAUAUGAAAUAUUUAAGACAAGAUAUUAAUGAAACUAAUGGAGAAUCUGGCAUGUUGAUGAAAAUAAAUAGAGCUAUUUUAUUAUCUCCAGGUUAUAGAAAGAAAAUAAUAAGAUAUAGAUAUGAGAUGAAUUAUCGUAGGAUUUGUAUUAUUCAAGGGCAUGGAAAUCCAAGAGAGAUAUCUCGUUCUAGUUUAUCUCGUGCAACUAUAGCAGAAUAUGCUAGAUAUCAAGGAUACGGAUAUAUGAUGUUUGAUGAUAACUUUUUUUCAAAAGCUUCACUAGAUUUGAAUGUAGGUUUGGACAUUCCUAGAUUUUAUUUAAAAUUUUUUGCUACUAUAAAAACUUUAUUUGGGGAUUUACAUAAUUUUAAAAAAAUGUUUAGAAGGGAAAGUAAUUCAUCUAAAAUGUUUGAUAACCAAAUAUUUAGAUAUUGGGAUUAUGAAAAUAUAUUUGACUCUAUAUUUAAUAAUAUUGAUAAAUCAAAAUUAGAAUGGGAUUUAAAUCAUGACUUCUUAUAUCGUGAUAUUCCAAGUUCUAGGGUUUCCAGUAUUAAAUAUAAUGGAAUUAUUCAAUACACCCCAAGAAAUACAAAUAUUGGGGUGUGUGAUUACACAGUUUGGUUUGAUUCAGAUAUAAUUAUAACUAAUAGAUUUGUAUCUAUUGAAAGAUUAUUAUAUAAUUAUGAAGCUUAUAACAUAUCUAGCUUUAUUACAAACAAGACAAGUAAUUUAGUUGAUUUGGAAUAUAAAGAUUACUCAAAAAAACAUCGUUUAGUAUACUUAUUAGGUAAGGAUCAAUCAUGGGAAGAGAGACAUUCUCUAGUAAAUUCAGGCUUUUAUAUUAUUUAUAGAUCACCUUCUGCGAUGAAAGUCCUUUUUCAUUCUAUAUAUACAGAUCCAAAAAUCACAGAUAAUUAUAUUUUAUGGGGUCAUAAAUGGCCAGAGCAAUCUACAAUUAAUGAUGCUAUAUUUGAAUAUUUUGGUCACUCUCUUAGUAGUCCAUCAAAAACUAUUGAUAUUCAUUUAAUGAGCAAAGAUGAAAUUAAUAAACAAAUAUUUAUUUACUUUAAUAAUGGAUCUCCUAUAGCCUUUUCUUCCAAAUUUGGAGAUACUUGUGUUGCCACAAGUUCACAUAUUUUGAAUUCUGUUUGGUUCGAUAAUUCUAACUAUAUUGGUGAGGGAAGAUGGAGACCUGGAUAUUUUUUUAUACAUGCAUCAAAUACAAAUUCUGUACUUAGAUCUAAUAUUUUAGCAGGUCUUUUAUAUAUUAUAUAUAUUGAUGGAAUUAGUGAAAAAUUUAUUUACACAUUUAAUAAGACUUGUACUAUACCUCUGGAUCAAAUAAAUCAGGGAUUAGAUUAUUUAAUUGAAUACUUACACAAUAGAGACAAGGAAAAAAAUUUAUUAACAGAUAAAAGUAAGUCAUCUUCUCAGGUAUCCCUGGAAAUAAUUUUGGAAUUGAAUUUAUUAAGUAUUAAUUAUCAAACAAAUUUCAAACAAGAGAACUUUAUUGAUAGUUCAGGUAUUAUAUGCAAGGAAGUAAAUUAUUUUUUACAAGCUUUUAUAGAAACAGCUCUUCUUGCUUGUGUUGCAAUAUUGGGCAUGUUAUUAUCGUAUUCAAUGUAUUUAUCAAAUAAGAGACAACAGUAUAGUAUUAAGAACUAUAGUAGAAAUUUAUAUUUGACUUCUAAUAAAUUAGAAGUUUCUUAUUAG